CAUGAAAUUCCUGUUAUUAUCCACCUUGUUUGCAAGACACACACACCAUCACAAGAAAAAAUGUCAUUCAUCUCUCUUUGUUGCUGCAAUGGCGUGGCAACUCCAUCACCUUUUAUUCAUCAAAAACCACUUCAACCAAUUAUACAACGAAGACAGAGCACAGUCACUACUUAUGCUUCAAAAUCUGGAGGAGGAUUUUCAUUUGAUUCGAUAUUUAAAAAAAGUUGUAAAAAUUGCAAUGGCAAAGGGGCCAUUGAAUGUACAGGAUGCAAGGGAACAGGAACGAAUAAAAAUAAUGGAAAUAUAUUUGAGCGUUGGAAAUGUUUUGGCUGCCAAGGAUUUGGGUUAAUCAGUUGCCCCAGUUGUGGAAAGGGAGGGUUGACCCCAGAGCAAACUGGAGAAAGAUAAAGAAGCUUCACAAAUUACAACCACCAAUUUUUUUGCAGUGUGUGGAGAAUUUGGAUACAGUGUAAAAUUACAUGCAUGUAUAUAUGUCUUUGAUAUAUUUAUUAUGUUUUUAUAAUUGACAAAGAUGUACAUGUCACGUGUGUAUGAUUAGAAGGACUUGAAUGCAAAAUGAAAAAAUAUCAAGGCAAUUCAAGUUUUGAGUUGAAUUUAUUUACUUGAAAUUCAUGUGUUUUAGGAGACUUAUGUGAGUAUCCAAUGUUUUGAAAACUUCAA